AUGUUCGCAUGGUACCAAAAGGCGGAAAUCUGUUAUGCGUACUUGGAUGAUGUUGUCCAAGAGGGGUGCUCUGGGAUCAUUCCUGAUGGGGUCGGGAAUUCCGAGUUUCGGCUGCAUGCUGAGCUCCGGGGGAGCAAGUGGUUCACGCGAGGGUGGACGCUGCAGGAGCUUAUUGCCCCGCGGGUCCUUCUCAUGCUCAAUGUGGACUGGGUGGAUAUCGGGUAUAAAAGGGAUCUGUGCUACAUACUACACUGCAUAACUGGAAUCGACGAGGCUAUGCUGCGAGGCACGGCGAAGCUUGAGAGCUUCAGCAUCGCCAAGAGAAUGUCAUGGGCCGCGGAUAGACAGACCACCUGGCCGGAAGAUAUCGCUUAUAGCCUGAUGGGUAUUUUCAACGUCAACCUGCCGCUGAUUUACGGGGAAGGUGACAAAGCGUUUCUUCGGUUGCAGGAAGAAAUCAUCAGAAAUUCCGAUGACCACUCGAUAUUUGCAUGGGAAAGAGACACGGUUUCGAUCAACAACCCAAGCGGCAUUCUGUCACAUGCACCAGCGGAUUUCAAGUUCUCGGCCAAUAUCGUUCCUGUUAAGAUGUCGGGCUUGCCGUUCGACGUGACGAAUCGGGGCAUUAGAUUGCAGCUGAAUUUGAGUCGUGGCCGUGCAAUCAUCCUGCCUUGUCAGGACACUUCUCGAAACAAUUGGUUUGUUACAGUGGGCGUCAUGCGAAAAUCAGAAGAAUCUGUUGCCAGUUACUUGCGUCAAUUUGUACGGGUUGGCCCAAAAUUAUCACAUCGCCAGAGUUAUUGGAGUUUCAGCUCAGGGUUCCGUCGGGGCACCGGUGAUGUAUACGUGGCCAAGGUCUAG